AUGCAAACCUUUCCCCCACGCACCCUUGAUGCCAUCCUCCAGGCCGGUUGUUCUGCCUUGACAACCGUCAAGGACUUACCCCUGGAUACUACCAAGGGAAACCUCCUCCUCUCCAACUACUUUCACACCCAUGUCGCUAGUGAGUGCAAAAACGUCCUCCUCUCCCAAGCGCAUGGAUUUGCUUACUUUGAUGGUGCCAAUGGUACCCUCCGGCAAGUAAUCUGCGCUAAGCAGAUGCCAUUGGCAGCAGCCACCGAUCCCCCAGAGGACAAUGAAGAAGAAAAUAAACCUGAAGGCGUAAGCAACUUGCAGACUGUUGGAGAAGCCAAGUCUGGCGAUAGCUUUCGACCAGGAGUGAGAUUUGAAGAGACGGAAACGUCUGAACCGAGCAUGAACGAAGUAAGAAAGAGAAACUACAAUGAUGACGGUAUUGACGUGCCAACGAAACGGGUACUUCGUCCAAGGAGUGGGAAAUCCUACUAUUCUAACGAAGUGAAGAUGAGACCCACGGACAGAUAUCGAAGAGAGAAACCAAGAUAUGGUCAAGCGUACCUACAGAGGAAGACACCGCCCAAGCCAAACGUCUUGCGGAACAGGCGUGCCAUGAGAAGAAAGGUACGAAUGGAACGUCUUCGAGUUUCGUUGUAUCAAGCUGUGAAGAAACGUAUUGAUGCACAAAGAAAAGGUGAAGUUCAAAAGACUGACAAUUUUGUUGAGUCGAUCAAGGAACGAAUGCACAAUCUCGCAUUCCAACAAGUCGGAAAUGCGAACAAAGGCGAAUAUGACGUGGACGAAGCUUUAGUGGUCGCGCGUGUAAUUCAACAGAUUCGUGAUGGUGUUAAUGGUGGUAUCAAAGGACAAGACGGGGUCUCGUUCAUACAACAAUACUACUUGAACAAAGGACUGAAGGUAUUCAAAGAGCGCGGUAAGGACGCUGCUAUGAAGGAGCUUGAUCAAUUGGUUAAGCGCAGUUGCUGGACACCAGUCAGUAUCAAAGAUCUGAAAGAGUCUGAGAAAAAGAAGGCAGUGGAUGCAAUGAUGCUACUGGCCGAAAAGAAUGAUGGCGUAACAGUCAAGGGACGUUGCAUAUUUAAGGGUAACGAGACCAGAGAAUGGUUAUCGAGAGAGGACACUGCGAGUCCUACUGCAUCGCAUGAGGCGAUCAUUUGCACGGGUGUAAUGGAUGCUCACGAAGGAAGAGCAGUCAUGUCAAUGGAUAUUCCUAACGCGUUUAUUCAAACAUUGAUGCCCAAGCAGGAAGAAGGCGAAGAUCGAGUAAUAAUGAAGAUUACCGGUUUAUUGGUCGAUUACAUGAUUGAUUUGGACCCAACUUAUCGAGACUAUGUAGUAUAUGAGAAUGGACGUCGAGUGAUCUAUGUUGUGAUCCUCCGUGCCAUUUACGGGAUGUUGCAAGCUUCUUUGCUAUGGUACCGACACUUGAGAGCAUCUUUGGAAGAGUAUGGAUUCGUAUUCAACAAAUACGAUCCGUGCAUUGCAAAUCGAAUGGUCAAUGGAAAGCAAUUGACUAUCAGAUUCCAUGUUGAUGAUGUGCUUGCGAGCCACAUGGAACAAGCAGUCCUCGAAGAUUUCUUCACUUGGAUAAAUGAGAGAUACGGUGGACUGAAGGAAGUGACUUGUACAAGGGGACGAGUGCACACAUAUCUUGGAAUGGUAUUGGACUAUUUGAAGAAAGGAAAGCUAAAGAUUCGAAUGAACGAUUAUGUCGAACGGAUGCUUGACGAAUUCUCUGUGAAGUUCAAGGAGAGCGAUUCACAGGAGACUCCUGCUGGUAAUAACUUACUGGAAGUGGGAAAAGGAAAAGAUUUGGACAAGGCAUAUCAGACUGAAUUUCAUAAGUUUGUUGCCAAGAGUUUGUUUUUGUCAAAGAGAGCGCGUCUGGACAUUUGUCCGACCGUUGCAAUUUUGGCGUCUCGAGUCCGAAGUCCCAAUCAAAGCGAUUGGCACAAACUCGUGAGGAUGAUGCGAUACCUUCAUUCUACGCGAAAGUGGCAUCUGACAUUGAGUGCUGAUAACUUGCAUGUUAUGAAGUGGUUUGUCGAUGCAUCCUUUGCUGUCCAUCCUGAUUUUAAGAGUCAUACUGGAGGUGUGAUGACGAUGGGUGGAGGUGCAAUGCAAGCUUUGUCUAAGAAGCAGAAGCUUAACAGUCGAAGCAGUACGCACGCUGAACUGAUUGGAGUCGAUGAUGCGAUCACACAGGUGUUGUGGACGCGAUUGUUCAUGGAAGAACAGGGCUACCCAAUCGAGAAGAAUAUCUUGUAUCAAGAUAAUAUGAGUUCUAUUCUACUUGAGAAGAACUGA